GGCAGCCGGACGUCUCAGUGUUCGAAAUUCGAAAGCCGAAACUCGUUCUCUGCGGCCAGUGUCGUUAAAAAGUUUUUAAUGUUCCCUUUUUAAAAAGUUGUGUCAGUGGAUUUGAGUGAAGUUGCACUUACGAUUUUUGAACUGAUUGGAACGUUUUGUGUUUGAAUUUGCCGAGUUCUUCGAUAAAGAUGCCCACCAGAAGACCACAGCUGUGAGUUCUCCCAUCAUGGAGCUCCCGCACACAAUCUACCACAUUUACGAAAUAAGAUGAAUGAGCGGCUACCAAAAAUGAACUGGGGAGCACCAGGUGACCACAAUGCAUGAGCUCGUAUUCUUUCACCCAAUCCCAAAACCUGAAAGCGACUUUGACAUUUGGGAUGGAUUCGCCAACUUCACUUUGGAAACCCUCAACUUCAAUCUUACUGGGAAUAUUACUGAGAAGAAUGCCACGUUGAAUGACAGUGGGGAGGUGAACAAUUGGUGGGCGUUGGUCGCGUUGAUCCUGGUUCUGUGUACGGCAGCAGGGAAUGUGCUGGUGUGCCUUGCGAUAUAUUUGGAGAGGAGACUGCAGAACGUGACGAAUUACUUCUUGAUGUCGCUGGCGAUUACUGAUCUACUGGUCGCGAUUCUGGUGAUGCCGCUUGGGAUACUGACGCUGGUGCGAGGUUACUUCCCUUUGCCUGCUGUGUACUGCCUCACCUGGAUCUGCCUGGACGUGCUUCUGUGUACUGCUUCCAUUAUGCAUCUAUGCACCAUCAGUGUUGACAGAUACCUCUCCCUGCGUUACCCCAUGCGCUUCGGCAGAAACAAAACGAGGAAGCGAGUCACCAUCAAGAUCGUGUUUGUGUGGAUAUUGUCUACAGCCAUGAGCCUCCCGUUGAGCUUAAUGUACUCCAAGAACGAAGAAUCGGUGCUCAUCGGCGGCGUGUGCCAAGUCCCCGACCCGCUGUACAAGGCGAUCGGCUCCAUCAUCUCCUUCUACAUACCUCUUGGGGUGAUGCUGCUGACGUACGCGCUGACAGUCCAACUCCUGGCGCGACAGAGGAAGGGCCUGGGAGCGGGCUGGGCGGCCGGCUGGCUUGGUGCGCCUCCAAUCGAACGUCGGUGCACCUGGCGGAGGUUCCUCGGUCCAAGAGGCACUCCUCAGCACUCCGCUGCUUCCACUGAGACGGAGCUUCCUCCCCUGGACACCAGGGAUCUGUGGAUCCAGGAUUCCAGCGAGCCGGCCCCGUCGGCAAUGACCGCACUGCACCAGUUCGGGGCUGAGAUGUUGCGCCUAUCCCGCGGCCUUGAGGCUUCUGCUGCCACCAAACCGCAGUUUAAAGGGACAAACAUAUCAGAAAGAUGCGGCAUGCUCACUCCAGGGUCACUGAGCGUGUCGUCUAGCUCACCAUCCUCUAUGCUUCAAGACAGAAGACGCCCGUCAUCCACUUGUGAUCCCAACACACCCUUACAUAGGCCCAGGAGUGCGUCAGAUGACGAAAGCAACGACGGCUUGCUAGCUCCAGCAACUUUAACAGCUAAGUCUAGAAGUUCUGAAGAUGGCCUUUUACUUCCCCCUCCGUGUACGUGCCCUUACUUUGGAUCAGAGUCUACUCCUCCUAGAAGAACGACAGAAGUUAUUAUAGUUCCUGGUGGUGACAUCAACGGUUGUAAUGGUUACCCUCGGAAUGGUAAUUUGAAAGACGAGCCUCAGUACUUUAGGAGAUCUAGCCGAGGAGCGGCUUCUAUGGUUACAUGGGAUGAAGCGAGGAGGUUCAGAAGAGGUUCUAGUUUUGGAGGAGCACGAACUACAUUGUCGACUCCAGUGCGAAGCAUCAGAGCUCAGAGGUCGAUAAAUGCUCGUCCACAGCAGCAGAUAUCUUCGAGUCCCCAACGCCAAACACCUAGAGCACACCAUUCCAGAAAUUCAAGUGUCAUUUCGAGAAACUCUUCCCGCCACGGCAGGAUUCUACGCCUGGAGCAAAAAGCCACGAAAGUUCUCGGAGUUGUGUUUUUUACUUUCGUCGUUCUCUGGGCGCCAUUUUUCAUCCUGAAUAUGGUUCCGGCAGUUUGUCCCGAAUGCGAGAGGCGGAUUUCGCCUUGGGUUUUCGACUUCGUGCUUUGGUUGGGCUACGCCAGUUCGAUGGUGAAUCCUAUAUUCUACACCAUAUUUAAUAAGGUGUUUAGGCAAGCUUUUAAAAAGGUGUUGUUGUGUCAAUAUUGUAAGUCUAGGAGAUAGCCCGCACCCUGGGAGCGUGUCCGUCCCUCCUCGGAUCCAGGGUUGGGCGCGCUCUCAGUCAAUCGUCAAGUAAGAUCUCAUUUUGUGUGAACCAGAGCUUUAAGAGUAAGAAUGCUUAUCUAUUUCGCAGAUAUUAACCACAAGCAAACAGAGAUAAAGCUUACUAUUUCAUUACCCACAGGUGUUAUAAUUUUCCGUCUCCUUUUGUAAGUGCAAUAUUCUGGCAGAUCUAUUGAAAAUGUUUGAAAAUAACUUUUGAUUUCGUUUCGCUUUUUAUACGCAUAGAAAUAAAGGAACCUUUAUCUGUGUUUGCUGUGUACUCGUAAACUAUGUAGGUACUCGUAUUUCUUCACAAGAUGUAUAUUUUUUUAAUAUCGUGCUACAACAACACAUGUUACCGAGCAGCGCACAAAUAGAUAUUAUGCCUUCUGACCUCAACAUUGUACCUGUAUUUAUAAAUAAAGUUAUCUGUAUUAAU